AUGGGAGAUAUCAAUCCCGACUAUAGCGAUUCCGAAUCUGUGGUAGAAGACUACCACAUGGAGGAGAACAACGAGCACGAAGAGGAAGAUAUUAAUUUUCCCGAUUAUAACGAUCCCGAAUCCGGAAUUGAAAACUAUAGCAUGGAGGAGAAUAACGAGCACGAAGAGCUUCACGUUGAGCAGGAAGAUAUCAAUCUUCUCGACUAUAACGAUCCCGAAUCCGGGAUCGAAAACCGGGGAGAGUCGCCAGUUUUGGCUAGGCCGGAUGGAGUUCUACCUCCAAUCCGCCUCGGAGUUGUCUUAGGCCAGUCCUCUUCAGAACAACACCUCCGGCUAUGGUCAAGAGACGAACAGGCCGACCAUGAGGCACAGACCCAGGAAUGGGCGAUGCAAGUACAAGAACGUGAUGAAGUCAUCGCGGCCCUGAAAGAAAAGAUCAUCCAGCAAACAGGUAACGCCAUCUCAUCGUCGGAAGAUCUCUCAGCCGGACGAACCAACAAGGUUGAACGCUCCGCCAAACAACAAGACCCCCCGAUCUUCACAGGUGACAAACCAGCCUCAGGAGAGAAAGCAGUCAAAUUCGAUCAUUGGCACAUGCUUUUGAAGCACAAGCUGCGCGUCAACGCAGACCACUUCGACAGCGACGAAGGAAAAAUUUCUUACAUUCUUGCUCGCGUGGGUGGCUCUGUGGCUGAGAACCUGAUGCCAUUCGUCACCGACGAACAAAGACACUACUUGGGGCGCUGA